UCUCCCUUGUGCAGAAACAGCGGCUGCAGCGAUGGCGGGCACCUACUCCUACCCUCUGCUCGUGGAGCUGGAACACGGAAACAUACCUAAAUUAAAGAAUAAGUUAGUGAAAUACUUUCAAAGUAAGAAAUCCAACGGUGGGGACUGCGAGGUGGAGUAUGAGCCCGGCAGCAGGACGGCCGUGCUGCGCUUCCGCAGAGAGGAGGACCAGAGAAACGUUCUGGCCAAAGCGGCGCAUCAAAUCAGUUUGGAUAAGGGCGUCAUAAAGAUGACAGUUAAUCUACCUUCAGAGGAGGAAAAAACGCAGGAAACCCCAUCUGAGAAAGGCAACAAGUCAGACGUUGCAGUGACUAACAAAGAGAGUAAGGCUGAUGAACCGAACCCUGCAGAUCAAGUCCAGACAGAGGAAAAGGGCAAAGAAGCUGAUGCAGCAGAUGAAGAGCUGUGCUCCACCUCGGCUGUUCUAGAGAAUCUUUCAGAAAGGGGAAGUGAGGAGUUGUUGCAGAUGCUUGUGGAUAACAUUUUAAACGCCCUUGCCCAUUCUUCUGCCUCUCAAGGCUUCAAUUUGGAAAUCAUUCCUGAGAUCUCAUCUGCUGUUGUGACUUUCCAGAGUGGAAAAGUGAAUGCUGACUUUAUUGCACAAUGCCCUCAAAACAGGAUGUUCACAAAGCUGAACUUUUCAGUCCGACCACUCGAAGUCACAAAGCAAGUAUUAGUGGAGAACAUUCAGAAUACUAACGUAGACAUGCUCCAACUAUACUUUGAAAAUGAAGGUGGGGAUGUGGAUGAUCUAAACCUUAAUGAAGCGGAACAGUCUGCUGUCAUUACAUUUGAAGACUGUCAAGCUGUUCAAAAAGUCUUGAAGAAGAAACAUCACAUCAGAAAUGAAGAUAUCAAAGUCUAUCCAUUUUACAAAUCUUUGGGAGUAGCCCUGUAUGGCAAGGAUCCACCUUCCCUUAAACUUCCUGCUGCCACCUCUGAGCCCAUAGACAGUGAUAUCUGGAGAUACCUCACUAACAAUCAAGCAGCGGCCCAGAGCGUUCGUAGUGACAUGGCAAAACAUUUUUGUGAUGCGAAUCUUGACCAGUCUAACGUACGGUUGAGCCCCUUGUCAUUAUUACUGACACAGAAAGACGCUAAAGCCACAGUGAAAGACUGGACGACUACUGUGAAGUCAGCCUUUGCACAAACUAUGUCAAAAUUCAAAUCCCUGAAGUUCCCAGUAGAGUCAGAGGUGUGGGAAGAGUCAGAGGAGAAGAUUGGACAGUCACUGCUGAAUGAAGAUGUGCUGGUAGUGUCUGAAAAAUCCAGUGGUGUCCUAUCUGUGGUUGGCCUUGUGAAUGACGUCAACAGACAAGAGGGAACGGUGUCUGAAGUCCUAAACAAGAUUAAUCAAGCAGUGCAGAGGGAGAAAACAGUCAAAACCCAAGAGAUCAAAGUGUCACCAUCAAUGUUCCACAUCUUGUCUCAAGAUGGUCUUCAGGAUAAGCUUCUCCAAGUGUCACCAGAGCUCAAAACACACUACGACAAAGAGGGUGCAGUUUUAAAAGUAACUGGCCUUUUCAAUGAGAUUUUGGAAGUCAGCAAAAUUAUAAAUGAUGGAUUCUUUGGAUCAAAACGAGACAAUUCAGAGGUAGAUACUUUUGUGUUUGACAUGAUGAAGGAUGAACAACAAGAGGAGCUUACAAGUGCUCUCCUUACAUCUGUUGGUAUAAAUGCAGCAUUAGAAAUCAGUGCUCAGAGGGUACAGCUGGUUGCUCUCUCAGACAAAGAUCUACUUGAUGGCCAAGACCACCUGAGAAAGUGUUUAAUAUCCCAGUACAUCGAUGUUGAAGACGUUGAGGUCCUGAAGAAGCCAGAGUGGCAGGGGUUGGUUGGUCAGUUGGAGAAUGCUAACAAUAAGGCAUGCAGGAUAACUCAAACUCCUCAGAAAGUCGUGGUGUCCGGUCAUAAAGAUAGUGUCAAACAAGUUAGCAGUGAACUCAGUAACUUCUUAACACAGAAUGCUCAUGUUGAAACAACUGUUGAUGUUAAAGAAAAUGUCAUCAUUGACUAUAUUAAAAGUCUGGACACAUAUCAAGUUCAGACAGAGGAAAAGGGCAAAGAAGCUGAUGCAGCAGAUGAAGAGCUGUGCUCCACCUCGGCUGUUCUAGAGAAUCUUUCAGAAAGGGGAAGUGAGGAGUUGUUGCAGAUGCUUGUGGAUAACAUUUUAAACGCCCUUGCCCAUUCUUCUGCCUCUCAAGGCUUCAAUUUGGAAAUCAUUCCUGAGAUCUCAUCUGCUGUUGUGACUUUCCAGAGCGGAAAAGUGAAUGCUGACUUUAUUGCACAAUGCCCUCAAAACAGGAUGUUCACAAAGCUGAACUUUUCAGUCCGACCACUCGAAGUCACAAAGCAAGUAUUAGUGGAGAACAUUCAGAAUACUAACGUAGACAUGCUCCAACUAUACUUUGAAAAUGAAGGUGGGGAUGUGGAUGAUCUAAACCUUAAUGAAGCGGAACAGUCUGCUGUCAUUACAUUUGAAGACUGUCAAGCUGUUCAAAAAGUCUUGAAGAAGAAACAUCACAUCAGAAAUGAAGAUAUCAAAGUCUAUCCAUUUUACAAAUCUUUGGGAGUAGCCCUGUAUGGCAAGGAUCAACCUUCCCUUAAACUUCCUGCUGCCACCUCUGAGCCCAUAGACAGUGAUAUCUGGAGAUACCUCACUAACAAUCAAGCAGCGGCCCAGAGCGUUCGUAGUGACAUGGCAAAACAUUUUUGUGAUGUGAAUCUUGACCAGUCUAACGUACGGUUGAGCCCCUUGUCAUUAUUACUGACACAGAAAGACGCUAAAGCCACAGUGAAAGACUGGACGACUACUGUGAAGUCAGCCUUUGCACAAACUAUGUCAAAAUUCAAAUCCCUGAAGUUCCCAGUAGAGUCAGAGGUGUGGGAAGAGUCAGAGGAGAAGAUUGGACAGUCACUGCUGAAUGAAGAUGUGCUGGUAGUGUCUGAAAAAUCCAGUGGUGUCCUAUCUGUGGUUGGCCUUGUGAAUGACGUCAACAGACAAGAGGGAACGGUGUCUGAAGUCCUAAACAAGAUUAAUCAAGCAGUGCAGAGGGAGAAAACAGUCAAAACCCAAGAGAUCAAAGUGUCACCAUCAAUGUUCCACAUCUUGUCUCAAGAUGGUCUUCAGGAUAAGCUUCUCCAAGUGUCACCAGAGCUCAAAACACACUACGACAAAGAGGGUGCAGUUUUAAAAGUAACUGGCCUUUUCAAUGAGAUUUUGGAAGUCAGCAAAAUUAUAAAUGAUGGAUUAUUUGGAUCAAAACGAGACAAUUUAGAGGUAGAUACUUUUGUGUUUGACAUAAUGAAGGAUGAACAACAAGAGGAGCUUACAAGUGCUCUCCUUACAUCUGUUGGUAUAAAUGCAGCAUUAGAAAUCAGUGCUCAGAGGGUACAGCUGGUUGCUCUCUCAGACAAAGAUCUACUUGAUGGCCAAGACCACCUGAGAAAGUUUUUAAUAUCCCAGUACAUCAAUGUUGAAGACGUUGAGGUCCUGAAGAAGCCAGAGUGGCAGGGGUUGGUUGGUCAGUUGGAGAAUGCUAACAAUAAGGCAUGCAGGAUAACUCAAACUCCUCAGAAAGUCGUGGUGUCCGGUCAUAAAGAUAGUGUCAAACAAGUUAGCAGUGAACUCAGUAACUUCUUAACACAGAAUGCUCAUGUUGAAACAACUGUUGAUGUUAAAGAAAAUGUCAUCAUUGACUAUAUUAAAAGUCUGGACAUGUCCUGGCUGAAGGACUGGGUAGACAAGGCAGCUGUGUCUUUCAGAAAAGAAGACAUCUUCUUAAGUGGUUCUAGAGCUUCUGUGGAGCAAAUAAAGAGUUUGCUUGGAGAUCUAGUCGCUUCUGUGUCCUUUGACAGUUUAAGAAUUUCCAAGCCUGGAGUGAAGAAGCUCUUUAAGUACAAGGAUAGCAUGUUAUUAUCCACACUCUGCAGGGGCACCGGUUGUCUGGUCCAAGUGGUUGAUGAAGAUGGUGAUAGUGUAUAUGAUUGGGCUUCUGUAAAAGUACACAUCUGCGGUGGCACACAGGCUGAAGUAGACUCUGCCAAGAAACGGAUAACUGACCUGAUAUCCAAGCUGAAAACCAGUGCCCUCAUCACAGACAGCAGCAUCUCUCACAUGUCUUGGGAAGACAACCAGCAACUCUUUGACAUCCAGAAGAAAUUUUGGGUGGUCAUUAGGUCUGAAAUCAUGAACGGCCAACCCUCAAUCCACAUUGAAGGAAUCCAAAAUGAUGUGUUUGAAGUAAAGUGUAUGGUCUAUGAUAUGUUGAAGAAGGUGAGAGAGGGAAUGAAGAGGAACAUGGUGCUUGCAGGCAGAGUGGUAGACUGGCAGUAUGAGCAGGGUGGACAGUUCAGAAGUUUUGAUGCAAUGGCCAACUUCCAACUUGAGCAAGCAUGCGACGAGUCAAAACCAAGUAUAACAAUUAAAGUCCAGGGACAAGACUACACUGUGGUCCUGCCAAAUGGACCAGCCACCGACAGCCAGGGAAACUGCCGGAAGAUAAGGCGAAACGACAAACUGAAAGGUCAAGCAGUUCCUGUUUCUUGGGACUCCAUGCCAACUGAUGCCACCUGCCUACCUUUUCUAAUCCAGCCUGGGACAACAGAGCACACUGAUGUCCUCAAUCUUUUCCAGGCUUCAUGCAAGCGACCAGUUACCAAGAUUCAGAGGAUCCAGAACCCUACGUUGUGGAAGGCUUAUCAGGCCAAGAAGCAGGACCUGGAGCUAAGAAAUAAGCAUCAGAACAACGAGAAACGCCUUUUCCAUGGAACCUGCGAAAACACAGCUAUAAAAAUCAAUGAAUGUGGCUUCAACAGGAGUUAUGUAGGAAUGAAUGCUGUGAUGUAUGGCAAUGGCACAUACUUCGCCGUCAAUGCCAGCUACUCUGCCAGUGACACCUACUCCAAACCCAAUAGAUAUCAGGAAAAGAUCAUGUACCUCUGCCGGGUGUUGACAGGAGAUUUCUGCAAAGGAAAGGCAGGCAUGAUCGAGGCACCGGCCAAGGGGAGCUCCUCUGUUGAAAAAUUCAACAGUGUUGUGGACGAUGAGGCUAACCCUAACAUAUUCGUGAUUUUCCAUGACAAUCAGGCAUAUCCUGAAUAUCUGAUUACAUUCCAGUGACACGCCCUAUUUGACAAAGUCUCAUGAAGUUACUUGAGCUAACCAUGAGACAAUAUGGGUAAUAUAUCCAUUUGAGUCUUUGUUCAACUUUCACUUUGUAAAAGUAUUAGUCUGACUCAUGUAGUGCCUUAAAAGGUUACAAUGAACACGUUGCCAUUUGAUCCAAGCAGUAACCAAUGUUUUUUUGUUUUUUGUUUUUUUUUUAAACCAACAUAUUUUUGAUCAUGCACUGUGUAUUUGUGUCAAACAUUAACUUUUAUGCAUGUAGGGACACCAGUGGUAAGUAGUUCAGUUCCAAGAAAUCAUGUAACAGUGGUUUAUCUUUGCAUUAGAUUAUAUCAAUAAUCAUAUCUCCAUUUGAAAGUGAAAUGAGAAAGCAAACUUGCUUCAGUAAGAAAAACCACCACAAGUGCUAGUUUUUGUUUUUCCUUAUAGAAAUUUGUGCAAGUGCAGCAUUGUUUUACACUUCUUUCAAGGAUGUUUUUAUCUGUUUUAUCUUAUUUCUUAUAAUUGAAUCACACAAAUGUCUUUGUGUGACUCACCCUUUGUGUACCGAAAAAGUUAUAUAAUAAACUAAUUAACAUAAAAUAUAUAUCAUAUAUAAAUGUAAAGAAAACAACAGCCAAACAUGUAAAAGCUUAUUACUGACAGUACAUUUGGCUUCAAGCAUGGCCCAGUUUGAGUUAUGAGAAGAUUCUCUGACAAACACUAGAAUCAAUAAACUGGUAACCAAUAUCCAAAUUAUCUCAUAAAAACUCAAUCUGUGAUUCUUGAUGUUUACUCUGAACACAUCCAAUAAAAACAUGAAUAUUAACUCUGA